AUGAAGUUCUUCCUCCCCCUCGCCCUCCUCGCCGCCGCCGUCUCGGCCCAACAAGAAUGCGCCGCCGAGGUCAUCGUCCAGACCUGUCUCGAGUCCGAGGGCAACAAGUUCAAGGCCUGCGGUGCCACCGACUAUGAUUGCCAGUGUGCCGCUCAGCAGGCCAUCUCCACCUGCUACAACAACUGCCCUGGCGACUCCCGCAAGACCGAGGCCGAAGGCCAAGUAAGCAUCUACUGCGGCAACGCCUCCCUCUACGGCAACAAGGCCACUCAGAAGGCCGCCACCCCUACCGGCAAUUCUGCCGCCGACUCCACCGACGCCCCCGAGGCCUCGCCCACCCAGGGCUCCGAUAAGUCGUCGACUGGCGAUGCGGCCGCUUCGGAGACUAGCAAGGGUGGUGCUGCUGAGCUGGCUAUGAAUGCUGGUGGUGUUUUGCUUGCUGUUGCUGGUGUUAUGGCUGUUAUUGUGUAA